AUGGCUUCACAAUACGAGACGAUUGUGCUCUUCACGUUUAGUUACCUGGUGCCGCUGCUGCUUCUUUGGGCGACAUGGCAGCUGGUCCAAACCCUUUUUGGGUACCUGGGGUCAAGCUCCAGGAGCCCGAAACAGGCCCAGGGCUGUGUUUCCAAAGCCAGCGGCGGAGGAGUUGCUGUGAAGCCUCUGCAGCCAGCGACCCGGGUCAAUCGAAGUGCAGUUGCCGAGGUCUGGCCGAGCCUCUUCAGUUGCUGCACCGGUGGUCGGCCUGAGGAUCGCGCGGACGAAAGCUCCGAAACCGAGGGAGGCGUCAUGGAGUACAAGUUCGGGUUUCCGCGCUCCAAGCUGUACAGUACAAAUUUUUCACCCGAAAACGAGGACUUAGAUGCCCUGCUGCGCGCCGCACUUCCUGGACAGCCGACCACGAUGAUUCGGCGAUCGCUGCUGGAACUCCGCCACCUGGCAGAGGACCUGCAAGCUUCUGGAUGGGUUCAGCCACGAGACCCUCGUGUUCUACUGAGGUUCCUCCUGGCAAGAAACUGCAAUGUCCAACAAGCUCUGGACAUGAUACAGGCAACCAUUCAAUGGCGCCUUGAUAACAACGUUGCUGAUGUGCUUCCCCGAUGGGACAAGGUGCCUUAUGAAGUUUCUGAUCGCUACUGGAAGUGCCUUGGGGUUAUGGGCUUCGAUCGCGAAGGAGACCCUAUCAUCUGGGAAAGAGUUGGAGUCAGCCAUGUGCCAACCUUGGCACAAUUCUCCGAGGAUUAUGUAUUCAAGCAUACCAUCUACGCUCAAGAGUGCCUCAUGGCCUAUCUUGAGUGCUUGCGGCAGCAGCGUCGGAAAGAGGGUAAGCACGACGGCUUUCGCUACACGUUGGUCCUCGAUUUGGCUGGUAUGAACCUCACCCACUUGGACCGACGUGGCCUGUCGCACUUCAGACUCACUACCCGGAUACAGGCAGACAGAUACCCAGAGGUCCUCAAGAGGAUCAUCGCAGUUCGUGCUCCCUGGGUGUUCCCGGCAGUUUGGCGCAUCGUGCGUACCUUCCUUGACAAGGGGACUGCGGACAAAAUGAUGAUUGUCCGAGCGGACGAGACUGAGCAAACUAUCUUGCGGUACAUCUCCCACGAGACUGUUCCGAAGGCACUUGGAGGAACCAAGCAUUCGGGCGGUGAUGAUUACUGCAGUGAUGUUAUCGCACCGGGCGGACCAGUCCCUCAGUGGAUCAUAAACCGAUACACGACCUGA